UCGCUCGUUUGCCUAGUCCACUAUACCCCAUCAGAACUAUGCGAAAACCACAUGCUAAAACUAGAACGGGAUGUCUUCAAUGUAGGCACCGCCGCGUCAAGGUACUGCAUGUUCUCUCCGUCAUCCCUUAUUCCCGUCUUUCGUCACACACUCUCCUGAUAUCGCCAUCGUCCAUCAACCGCUCAUCAUGCUCGCUAGCUAACCUGCCCUCAACUGUAGUGCGAUGAGGGGAAGCCGGCCUGCUCCUAUUGUGCCAGAUACUCGAGGGCGUGCAACUAUACCGCCGCCGCCGCUACACCCUCCACGUCUUUACCACUUUCCCUAUCACCGUCGACAUCAUCAGAUAGCCAUGGCACCACAUUAGACAGCAGUGUGUCCGCAAUCACAACCUUCCUAUCACAUUCCUUGGCCAACGAACCACCGGAUACGAGCUAUGUCUACUCUUCAGACCUGGACAUGAAGGCCUUGGAGUUGCUCUACCACUACACCGCCCAGACAUACCUCACUCUGACCAGAAACGAGUCCCAAGUCGAGCUGUGGCGAGUCACCGCCCCCAAUCUCGCCUUCAAAAGCCGUUUCCUCAUGCGCAGCCUCCUGGCCAUAUCCGCUCUACACCUGUGCCACUUGCAGCCGAUCCGCCACGAGGAAUUGACCCACGCCGCGGCCUUCCACAUGAACCUGGCCCUCGGCUACUUCCGCUCUGAUGUCACCGAUAUGACCAAACAAAACUUCGAGACCGUUUGCGCCUUCUCCUGCUUCGUCAGCAUCUACGGCAUGGCCUCGUGGCAAUCCGCCGACAGGCGCCUCCGCUCCUCACCCACCAGCACCAACAAACCGCUGCACGAUUUCCUCGAGCGCCUCCACCUCAUCCGUAGCACCUUCUUCCUCCUCUCGUCAAAAGCCGACUGGGCCAACACGGGCGCCAUGGCCCCGCUCGCACACACCAACCUCUCCGUCAACUUCGCCACGAACCCGGACGACCACCGCAUAGCCGCGCUACUCCAGCUCGUCACCCCGCCCGACUCGGCCUCACCCGCCCGUAAGGAGCAGUAUCGCGUCUACCGCCACGCGCUCGACCGUCUGCGCAUCACCUGCGCACUGUGUACGUCGACCGAGAACUCAUUUAACAACGCGGCUCCCGUUAACAUCUGGAUAUCGAGUAUAUCCGAAGAGUUUGUCCAGCUGCUGUACGAGGGACAGCCAGAGGCGCUGGUGUUACUGGCGCACUUGUGUGUGGUGCUGAAGCAGGUGGGGCGGUUCUGGUUUAUGCAUGCGUGUCCGGAACGGCUGGUGACGACGAUUGCCGAUAUGUUGAGUCAUGAGUGGAGAACGUGGAUUGAGUGGCCGUUGAGGGAGAUUGUGGGGAGGUGUCUGUGUCCGCCAGAGCUGGAGGGGAGGACGCUGCCGAUUCCUAUCAGAUGCUAAGAUGCUAGUGCCAGAGUUGGAUGCAUGGCCAUGGGCCUGAUUUCGAUUUUAUUUAAGGCAACCACUGCGAUAACAUGGGUCUCCGACCCAAUGCCUCUACC